CUAUUGAACACAUUCCUAAAAUGCAGAACAAUAUGGCAACUGUAAAAUCUUUGAAAAAGUUAUUACGAAAAGAAAUGGCUAAUGUAAUUUCAAAUAUCACAGCUGAAGAAAAAGCACGACAAUCUAUGAAAGUAUUUGAAAAAUUGAAAGCUUUACCGCAAUACCAAAAUAGUAAAAGGAUUUCCAUAUAUCUUAGUACUAAAGACGAAAUUGACACUACACUUAUUUUGAAAGACAUAUUCAAAACAGGGAAGGACGUGUUUGUUCCCAGAUAUAGUGGAAACACCAUGGAAAUGGUUAAGUUACUUUCUAUGGAUGAUUAUGAUAAACUACCAUUAACAAAAUGGAACAUUAAGCAACCAGACUUUUCUGAAGCUAGAGAAAAUUCUUUCCAAUCCGGUGGAUUAGAUCUUAUUCUCAUACCAGGAGUAGCCUUUACUUACAAUGGAAAACGUUUAGGCCACGGUAAAGGAUAUUAUGAUAAAUUUUUGAAUUAUACUUUUGAAAAACAGCAAAGGAAACCGCAUUUGAUUGCAAUAGCAUUUAAUGAACAAAUAAAAGACGACAUACCAACAACCGAAAGCGAUGUAUCAAUCGAUUUAGUAGUUACAGAAAAUUAAAAGAAAAUUAUCCUAAUGUUUGGCUAAUUAAUCUAUUUUUUUAAAUAUUGCAUUUAUAAAUAUUUGUACUUAUAAAAAUAAAUUAUAUUAGCA